AUGUCCACGCGGAAACACAAACGACGGCGCCUCGACACCGAUGCCCAGCAUCUCUUUGACGAUGAAGUAUCUCCACAAAAGCCUACUGCAGACGCGGAAGAGCUGGCGGAGCUAGAGCUGGCAAGGCUUGCGCAGGAACCCCACCCCGAAGUCGAGGAAGAUGCCGAGGCGUCUGCGAAGGAGCGAGAAGUCUGGGAUGCAUUCAGAGAGGAACACUAUGAAUUGCUCGAACAGCUCCCGCUGUCCCUGCAUCGCGCAUUCACGCUCAUUCACGAGCUGGACCAGCAGGCGCAAGACAACAUAACGCAUCUCGCGCCUGCGGUGCUCAAGUAUGUCUCCCUGCGCAAAGCGCUCGCUGCCCCGGCCGAGCCGAAGCCAGACGCGCCCCAGGACUCCCCGGAAGCUAGCGACACGACUAACGGGAAGGUGGACGGAGCAAGCAACGUUUCCCUGACGAACGGGAAGCCCACGAACGGCUUCGCAUCCUCUUCAGUCGCGGCUUCCACUCCCGGGCCGUCGAGCAAACGGCCUACUCCACCAUCGACCUCGAGGUCUCUGGCGUCAGUCGUAGAGAACUCAACCUCGACGCGCGAGCUGCUCAUUCACAUCGCCCAGUCCUCCGAAGAAGUCACGAGGGCGUGUGCGGAGAAGGUGUACCUCGCCCAGCACGCAUACGACCUCGUUGACAGAUAUAUCCGCGACCUUGACCGUGCCGUCAAGGAGCAGGAAGCCUCCGUAACCCUCGGUAUGCGUGCAGGAACUCAUCCGGCCUCCAUCAUCCUCCCGGAGGUAGUGGCUCCUGUCAGCAGUCGCGGACGGGUCGUUGCGACCCCACCACCUGUUUCAAUGGUAGCACCUAUACCUAUCCUUGUCUCUUCUCCUGCCCCAGCGCCAGCGCCCACACCUGCUCCUAUUGAGCUCCCAGAGGAACCAGAGGAGCCCGAAGAACCCGAGGAUUCCGAGGAGCCCACAGUCGAACCCGUCGAAAUCGAGGUGGACGUCGUUACGGAUGAACCCAUGGAAGAAGAGCCGCCACCACCUGAGCCACCCAAACAACCUGAAUUACCUGAACUACCUGAGAUACCCGAACCACCUGAACCACCUGAACUACCUGAACCACCGGCCCCCGAACCAUCCAUGGAAGCCGAAGCCGCGACCACCGAGCCAGCUCCACCUCCCUCGAAAGAGAAGAAAAAGGGCAAGAAGCGGAGGAAGGGUGCCGGACGACGGCAGACAGAGCAGGCGGAGGGAGAAGCAGCGGUCGCUCCCGCUCCUGAUACGACAGAAGACGUGGACGUGGUCGCACUCGAGCCGGAGGCACAGCCGACGCUCACCCUGCGGAUCCCCGCCCAGAUCCUCCCGCACGCCGUGAUCGACGACCUGCCGCCCGACCCGAACGAGCCCCGCUACUGCUUCUGCAACCAGGUCUCCUUCGGCGAUAUGAUCGCAUGCGACAAUCCCACUUGUACGCGUGAAUGGUUCCACAUCGGCUGUGUCGGCCUCACGAAGAUACCCAAGGGCAACUGGUACUGCCGGGAGUGCGCGGCGCUUCGAAAGCGGCCGAAGUCGCGGAAGCGGGCGCGUUGA